UCAUAAUGUCCUUGCAGAUUUGUGAAGGCACAGUCACCACUUUGCAUCUGUAUCAGGGAGCAUUUGUUGACAUUGGAGGUGUUCAUGAAGGGUGGGUUCCUAUCAGGAAUGACUGGUUUUGGAUCAGGCAUUUCAUAAGAGUUGGGAUGCAUGUUAUCGUUGAGAUAUCACGGUACUCUUGAUACAGAUCUCUGUUUCACGUUGAAAAAGCUUAAUUGAAGUAUUUCAUGCUCAUGUUUUCUUCUUCCAGGCAAAAAAGAGACCCAUACAGGUAGUUUCCCUUAGAGUUGCGCUUCGUCAUCCUAUCCUAAAUAGAUCACAUGAUCUUUAAUAAGUUUGACUUUCCACCAAUAUUCCAUCGCGGGGAUAUUAAUCCAGAUGAGAUACGGCGAGAUUGUGGAAGACCUCCUGAGCCUAGAAAAGAUCCAGGAUCGAAGCGAGAGGAAGGGCUGCUCUCUGAUCACCCAUAUGUUGACAAGUUGUGGCAGUUACAUGUAGCUGAGCAAAUGAUUUUGGAUGAUUACGAAGCUAACCCUGAAAAGUACAAAGGCAAAAAACUAUCAGAACUAUCUGAUGACAAAGGCUUUGAUGACAAAAGGAAAUCGAACAUGGAGAAGCUUAUUAUAAGAAAAACCAAAUUGCCAAAAGUGAUUCUGAAAACCAGUGUCAAGGAACUUGACUUAGAGGCUGCCUUGAUAGAGCGCAAGUACCAUAAUAAACUGAUGAUGGAAGCUAAAGCAAGAGGAGAAGGAUACAAAAUCGACAAGCUAAGAAGAAAUAUUGAGAUGGACGAGUAUGAUUCCUUACACUGGCGCAGGUCUUUAGAGGAAAGAGAAGCAUUGCUCAGAGAUAUCAGCUCUCGUCAAGCACUUGGUUUACCAUUGGAGGAACCAGGGAGGUAUAAGCCAGGAAGCUUCUUUGGGAAAGACCAAUACGAUCCAACAAGCGCAUUAUACCAGUAUGACUACUGGGGAGAGCCAAAGAACUCAGAGAUUAGCAAGCAAGAGAGAAUGAAGGAUGCACACAACAAAUCCAUCGUUGGAAAAGGCAAUGUGUGGUAUGAUAUGUCUUACGAUGAUGCCAUUAAGCAGACAAUUGAAAGAAGGAAAGAUGGGUCUAACGUGGUGAGUCAAAAAGAAGAAGAAACAGAGUCUAAGGAAGAAGAAGAAGAAGACGAUGAUGAGUAUGAAUUUGACGAUUUUGAUUAUAGCAUUUUGAGUGAUGAGAGUAGUAUCGGUUACCCGGAACAACAACCUCUUGUUAACGGUACUCAGGUUUUCACAGAUUGAUCUUUAGACGAAACGUGAAAAACGAAAAACAUGUCUACAUGUUUCUUUGGAAUUUGGAUGGUUAGUUGAAGAAAACACUUGCUUAGUUUACUUAAAAACUAAAUGAUUAUUGUAAUUUAUAUGAGAAACGAUUAUUGAUUCUUUUAUUAUUUUAUCAAUUAAA